AUGCAAGGCAUUUCUGUCUUCCAAGUGCCAUUAUCGCAUUAUCAUGCCCUUUCAUUCGCCGGAUUCCCUGAUUGCACAGGUGGUCCUCUGGCGUCUAAUUUGGUGUGCAAUUCGUCGGUUCAUUACUUAGACCGCGCAAAGGCCCUCGUCUCCGAGUUCACCGUGGAAGAGCUGAUAAACAACUCCGUCCAUGCCUCUCCUGGCGUGCAACGGCUUGGACUUCCUGCGUAUAAUUGGUGGAAUGAGGCGCUUCAUGGAGUCGCUUGGAGUCCAGGCGUCUGGUUCGAUCCUCCAAAUUCCGACUUCAGUCACGCGACCUCCUUUCCCCAGCCCAUAUUGAUGGGUGCAACUUUCGAUGACGAGUUAGUGCAUUCUGUCGCCGAUAUUGUGAGCACCGAGGCUCGUGCUUUCAAUAAUUUUGGCCAUGGGGGUCUAGACUUUUGGACACCCAACAUUAAUCCAUUCAAGGAUCCCCGUUGGGGUCGUGGACAAGAGACGCCUGGGGAAGAUCCUUAUCAUCUCUCCCGCUAUGUCUACAGCCUCGUUACUGGACUGCAAGGCGGUGUUGAUCCCAAACCGUACCUCAAGACUGCUGCUGAUUGCAAGCACUUUGCCGCAUACGACCUCGAAGAUUGGGGAGGAAUCAACCGUUUCAACUUUGACGCCAUCGUCACCCAACAGGAUUUGGCAGAGUACUAUUCCCCACCCUUCCAAUCUUGCGUGCGUGAUGCCAAAGUGGCCUCGGUCAUGUGCAGUUAUAAUUCGGUCAACGGUAUUCCAUCCUGUGCGAGUCCUUAUUUGCUUCAGCGUGUCAUUCGAGAAUUUUAUGGACUCGGGAACGAAACGUGGAUCGUUUCGGACUGCGGUGCUGUUGGCGUUAUUCACAAUGAUCACAAGUACUCGACUUCGUUGGCCCAUGCCAGCGCUGUUGCGUUGAAAGCAGGGACUGACAUUGAUUGCGGAACAGUUUUCUCCAAUCAUCUUGGGGAGGCAAUUGACCAAAAACUCAUUACGAUCUCUCAUAUUCAAACUGCCCUCGUGCGUCAAUAUGCCUCUUUGGUUAGGUUAGGGUAUUUCGAUUCCCCUUCAUUUCAACCUUAUCGCCAAUUGACGUGGAAGGACGUUAACACCCCAAAAGCACAAACCCUCGCAUACACCGCUGCCGUGGAGGGCAUCGUCCUCCUCAAAAACACGGGGAUCCUUCCUCUCAGCACUGACGUACAUAACAUUGCACUUAUUGGGCCACUCUUCAACACGACCACUCAAAUGCAAGGCAAUUACAAUGGCAGAGCACCAUUUUUGGUCAGUCCUUUCCAAGCUUUCCGAUCGACACGCUUCAACGUGACAUACUCCAUCGGGACGAAUAUUUUGAGCGAUGUGGUUAAUGGAACUCGAGAUGCGCUUGCCAUUGCGGCUCGUGCGGACGUCGUCAUUUAUUUGGGUGGUAUCGACAAUGAUGUUGAGGCCGAAGGAAAGGAUCGUGUUGAUAUUUCCUGGCCUGACAACCAGUUUCAAUUAAUUUCUGCGCUUGAGUCUACUGGGAAGCCUUUAAUCGUCGUUCAAAUGGGCGGUGGGCAAGUGGAUGAUUCAGCCCUGGCAGCUAGUGAAUCAGUGAAAGGGUUACUGUGGGCGGGCUAUCCUGGCCAAAGUGGUGGCCAGGCUAUUGUUGACAUCAUUACAGGAAAAAGAUCCCCGGCAGGUCGACUUCCCAUUACGCAAUAUCCCACUUCAUACGUAUCCCAAGUUCCUAUGACGAAUAUGAACCUCCGACCCGACUCUAUUUCUGGCUCUCCAGGACGAACGUACAAAUGGUACACUGGUACGCCGGUGUUUGAAUUUGGGUUCGGACUACACUACACCACAUUUCAUGUUUCUUGGUUCAAAAACGGUAUACCCAAACCGUCGUACAGCAUCUCAACCCUUGUCUCCUACGCCAAGACAUCACCUCAUCUUGAUCUGGGUUUACUCGAUUCCUUCAAGUUGAACGUUCACAAUACUGGGAAAGCGUCCUCCGACUACGUCGCACUCCUUUUCUUGCGCACUACAGCAGGACCCUCCCCUGCUCCUCUCAAACAGCUGGUUUCGUACGCACGCGCGAAAAACCUGUCUCCUGGCCAGGUGCACACAUUGACACUGAAUGUAACCCUUGGCUCUAUCGCUCGUGUCGAGUCGAAUGGGGAUAGUGUGCUAUACCCCGGAAACUACGAACUUUGGGUAGAUGUCGGCUCAGGUUUGGCAAAGCAAUCAUUCACGUUAACCGGGAGAAAAACAAGAAUCAUCGCUUGGCCACAACAUGACUAG